AUGGAAAAGAUUCCAAAGCCAAUUUUAUCAAUUAUAUUUAGCAUGAUGCCUUCUUUUGAUCAAGUCGCAAAAAUCGCGACUGUGUGUCGAAAAUGAAAAGCAAUUGUAGAAGUUAUGGAUCAUUCUGCCUCAUUUCAGCGUUCAGAUGACCCUAGGUGCUGAUCGGAUAAGAAUAGCAUUUUUAUAAUGGCAAUUUUGCUUGAAAAAUUUACAUCGCCAUACCCCAAAAUACAAUGAAAAUUGUUGUAUCUUGACCUUAAAAGCUUAAUAAUUAAAAAGAAAGAUUUGUCAUCGCUUCUUUUGGCUCAGCCAAGGCUUUUGAAACUCGACCUCACAAACACUACAAUAAAUUUAUCCAAUCUAUGAGAUCGUUUAUAUAAAGCAAAAUGUGAGGCAGAAGAAAAAGAUCCAUUGAGGACUAUAGAGUUUUCACUUGAAGAGCUCAGAAUUACCAAUAACCAAAGAGAACCUGGCCACUAUACAUUAAUAAAGCUAUUCCCAAAUCUAAAACGGCUAUAUGCAGGAAAUACCCAAACCAAUAUUUUUGAUUUUAAGAAGCUUAUAAAAAAUUUACCUAAGCUUGAAAUUUUAGACAUUUCUCAUUGCCCAGAUUGCCAAUCUCAAGGGGACGAUUACUGCCAAAAAGUUAUUAAAAAAUAUUUGAAAGGCUCGCAUUUAAAAACAAUUUUCUAUUCUUACUCCGACAUUGAAGAAGCCGGUGAGUCUAAUAAACUUAAUUUUGAAGAAAUCAAUGGUGUGAAGCUUAUAAAUAAAAGCAUUUGUGAAAUAUUAGGAGAAAUUAAUGAUGAAAAUCAUUUAACGAAAUUAAAAGAAUGGCUUGAUUUAGGAGGAGACGUUAAUUUAUGCAAUGAAAUUGACAAUGAUAACGAAGUUUUUACCUCAUGGAGGUAUCCUCAUAUUGAAUUUCUUAAAAUAGCAGAUGAAAAUAUGGCAAUAAAAGUGUUCAAAAUGCUUUUAUUGUUUGGAAUUGAUUUAUCUGUAAGUUAUUUUGUUGAAAAAUCAGUCGAUAAAAAUUCUCAAAAUAAUUCUUCCAAUUCUGACAGUUCAUCAUCUGAUGAAGAUUCAGAUGAAGCUUCUGAUGCUACUGAAAGUGAAACUAAUCCAUUGCUGUUUUCUGGAAUGAACAACAAUAUUGAACUGUUUCGAUUUUUUGUCAGAAAUUCAUUUCCUUUGAUUAAUGAAAAAAAUAUCCUAAAAAUGCCACUUACGAUUUCUCAGGAAUUAUUUAAAUUAUACCUCAAUCAUGAAAUUCCUGGGUUUUUUACCAAAAAUUUGAUGAUUGAAGGCUUAAACAGCUAUUUAGCAGUUAAUAGAAACAUAGGAACGGUUUGGGCUAUUAAUGAGGCAACAAAUAAAGAGCAGGAUAAAGGAUUAAUAGAAAGGCUAGAGACUGUAAAUAAUAUGUUAAUAGAUCUGUCCUCAGGAAUAUCUAAUAGCAAUGAUGCUAAUAAGCUGGUCUUUGGCAAUUUCCAUAUAAAUCGUCAAGACGAAUGUGGAAGGACGUUCUUAAUGCUGGCAGCAGCAUUUGGAAACGAAGAAAUUGUAGAUAUGCUAUAUAAAAAUGGUGCAGAUGUAAAUAUUAAAGAUGAAAUGGGGUAUACAGCUCUUCAUUAUGCCGCUGAAAGGGGAUAUAAAAAGACUGUUGAAAAACUGCUAUCAUAUGGGGUAGUAGCAUCAACUCCUGCAGAAUCAGGGACUUCAGCAAUAGCUUUAGCGAAGAUUAACUUUCAUAACGAAAUUGUCAGUGUUCUAAUUAAAUCAGAAAAAAAGAAUUUUGAGGCUCUUAAUGGGAAAUUAGCAUGGAGUAAGGGAAAAAGACGUGUUUUUAAGGACUUGCCAAGUAAAUAA